AACGCUGUGUGACAAACAUCAUCACGGAAUACUGGAAAAGCCUGCAUUCGAUCUGUUUGCCGCUUUUCUCUCAGGAUUCGCUAAAUUUUGCUUGAAAUCUGUAUGAGUGUAGCGAAGCACACUCGAUACAGUGCUUUAAGUCACCGUAGGCGAUCAGUAAUCAUUUAGGGAAGCAUCUUGCAUAUAUUAAGAUACUGCACCCUCUAUUCCAUCGUCUGGGCGGCUUGCGACAAAAUGGCCGACGAAGUUGAUUUAGGAAAGAAAAGAAGUCAUGACCCAGAGUUCAAAGGUCCUAUUGAAGACAGAUCAUGCACAGACAUCAUCUGCUGUUUAAUAUUUGUUGCCUACAUUGUUGGCAUGGUUGUUGUUGGUAUUGUAGCUUUCGCAGAGGGAGAUAUCAACAGACUGUUGCUUCCAACGGAUUCACAAGGAAAAGUCUGUGGCAAGGACCCAGCAUACUUGGAUAAGAAGUACCUUGUAUUUUUUGACAUUACCAAGUGUAUACCUAAAGGAAUCCCCAGCCUGUCAAAUCCUAAGUGCUACACCCCUCAGGUUUGUGUCAGCAAAUGCCCAACCAAGAAUGAGGCGGGGACAAGCCGUGAUGCAGCAGACAUGAUCUGUAAGCCUGGCAUUGUACCCAAAGACAAUCUAAAUGAUAAGCUAACACUAAUCAAGGAAGGCAAAUGUGUACCAUACUAUCUGGCCAGUAGUCCAGUACUCUUCAGAUGUGUUCCCAGCCUUGUCGAUUUGAACUCAGUCUUUGAUUCUGCCACCAACAAAAAUGUCUCCAAGUCCAGUGUCGAGCAGGGAAUCGGAGAACUCAAGACAAUCCUUGAUCUGCAAAAUAUUGGAAUGAAGAUUUUUGAAGACGUAAAGAGUGUUUGGUACUGGAUCUUAAUAGGCUUCGUCAUCUCCAUGGUGUUGGCAUUUGUCUAUAUUAUCAUUACAAGAUGGAUCGCUGGUCCGCUUAUCUGGUUUACCAUUAUUGCUGUCUUUGCCUUGUUGGUGUUUGGGAUGUACUGCUGCUUUUCCAAGUACAAGGAGCUUAAGGACUCUGGGAAGAGCAAGACUUUGGAGUUCACCGCUGACCUGAGCAAGUAUGGUGAUUCGAAGGAGACUUGGCUUGCUCUCGGUAUUCUGCUGAUAAUCCUGUUUAUCAUCAUCUUCCUGAUUGUCUUGGUACUGUGUAGCCGUAUCAGGAUUGCUGUCGAGCUGAUUGGUGAAGCCAGCAAAGCAUUGUCUAGUAUGCUGUCGACGUUAUUCUUCCCGAUCAUUCCUUGGCUGAUGCAGCUUAUUCUGUUUGCGUGGUUCCUUAUCGUCAUCAUCUACCUCGCUACCAAUGGUGUGCCUCAGUACAAAGUGUCUAACCUCCCCGACGACCCUUACAACCUCACAGAUGGCACAACUUGUGAUCCAGCGACAUUUGAUAGCAAAUACCCAAACACCAGCUCCAGUUGCAUCCUCGUGGGAUACAAAGAGAAUGAUCAUCUCCUGCGAAUGCAAGUGUUCCACUUCUUUGGCUGGCUGUGGAUAAUGAACUUCAUUAUCGCUCUUGGUCAGUGUGUACUGGCUGGCGCUUUUGCGUCAUGGUACUUUGCCUUCAAUAAACCAGAUGACGUCCCAAUGCUCCCAGUUCUCUCAUCCUUCAGUAGGACCUUGAAGUACCACACCGGCUCCCUGGCGUUUGGUGCUGCGAUUAUCGCUAUUGUCCAGUUCAUCCGUGCAGUGCUUGAGUACAUCGACAGAAAACUCAAAGAGUCUGGCCAUGACAACAAGGCGGUCAAGUUCAUUAUGUGCUGCUGUAAGUGCUGCUUUUGGUGCCUGGAAAAGUGUCUUCGCUUCCUGAACAAGAACGCUUACAUCAUGAUUGCCAUAUAUGGAAAGAACUUCUGCACCUCCGCCAAGGAUGCCUUCCAGCUACUGUUGCGCAACAUUCUCAGGGUGGCUGCCGUGAACAGCGUGACGUCUUUUCUUCUUUUUCUCGGCAAAGUCCUGGUCACCUCUAUCGUAGGCGUGGCCAGCUACUACUGGUUCAGGAAGAUCGAUGCCGAUGACCCGGACAGUCUUAACUAUGACGUAGUGCCGGUCAUUAUCUCCGUCGUGUUCGCGUACGUUGUGACUGUCAUGUUCUUUGACGUCUACGAUAUGUGCAUUGACACCAUCUUCCUCUGCUUCCUUGAGGACCUCGAGCGUAAUGACGGCAGCGCCGAGAAACCGUACUACAUGAACGACGACCUGAAAAAGAUUCUGAACAAGCAGAACAGGGCGUCCACAGAGCAGUUAGACCAGGAGAAGUAAAGAGGUCACGCACAGAAGGGCGUGGGUGGGUGAAGGGAAGUCCCCCUCACCCCAGUCUUAUAGUCACCAUAAACAGCACAAGUACUAUUUAUAAAGCUAUCCCAAUUAACCUGUAACUUAUUUUGUCAGUUUAUAACUAGACAGUGGUUGUUUGAAGUUGUAUACGGUGGUUGUUUGAAAUUGUAUAACGGAUUUUCACGGUUUCGCGGAUGCAUUGGAACAGAUCCAAUAUGUCGCACGACUCGAUCACACGCAAGCAAUCAUCUCAUCUCGCAGGAUCUUAGCACAGUUUUUUAUGAUAUUCUGCGAAAUAAUUCGUUAACCACCUAUAGCUAAAUUAGAAGCUUUGUUACCCUCUAUCAAUCUUACUUCUCCUUUGGCGCAUGCGCGUGCUCGGGGACCCAUAGGUCUUUGCGGGUAGGGAGAAAGAAACCCGAUUCGGUCUGAUGUUUUUUGGAACUUUUGAUUGAUGGUAACAAAGGCUUCAACUCGUUUUGCGAUCCUAGGACUAAUUCACAACAUCGUCUUAACAAUCACUCGAUCCUUGUACUCGAGGCAGAUGUGUGCAAAUGAGGUCGAAACAACAUUGUAUUUGUAUACAUUUGCAUCGAAUGAGGCUCUUGGGUAAUACGACGUCUAAACACUAAGAUUUAGUUUGCAGAAUACUUAAAAUCAUUGUAAAGUGGGUUUUCCACGUGGAAUAAGCUUUCUCAGGAAGUAGGAUUUACCAAAGACAAUACAUAGUGUUUUCGCGCCAGGCAAAUGUAAUACUAAUCUUCAGUAUAUAUACUAGAUUCUAUGGGUUUAUUACACUAUCUCUCCCACUUGACUGUGAAGGCCCACUUAGAUAUUAAAGUCCCAAUGGUGCUGCCGGUUCGAAGUAGAAUAAACAAGUGUCUUUGUCUUG